AUGAAAGCUAAGGAUUGGGCUGAGUUGGAUGAAAGGGCUACUAGUGCAGUCAGGUUGCACUUAUCAGAUAAUGUGCAUUCUUACCAGCUAAAAGUUGAAUACAAGUUCAUCGACAUGAGGAUUCAUCUCAAGACAAUCUUUCAGCAUGCUAAACAGAAUAAUAUUCUCCACCAAAGAUCAACUGCAACCACUUCAUCAAAAUUGGCAGAUGUUCCCAAGGGUCACAUGGCAGUUUAUGUUGGAGAAAGCCAUAAUAAUAAGCAUCGAUUCGUGGUUCCUAUCUCUUGUUUGAAGCAUCCUUUGUUUCAAGACUUGUUGAGGCAUGCAGAGGAAGAAUACAGAUUCGAUUAUCCAAUGGGCGGCCUUACAAUACCAUGCAGUGAGACUGCAUUUCUACGUGUCACUUCUCACUUGAAUGUCACUAAUAAUUAA